GAGCGAAAGGGGAGUAGUAUAGAGACUAUUUGUAAAGAAUCGCUUGAUUAUUCACUAAGGAGCCCUGAAGAUAAGGAGACUAGUGUAGAUGUAGCUUAUAAAGAAUCGCGUAGGUCUAUAAAGAGGAAACGUGAGGAUGAUCUAGAUAUUAGAGGUAGCGGGGGCAAGAAUGGCAUAGAGGUAUAUAAGGGGGAAGUUGAAGAUGAUAUAGAGGUAUGUGAGAGCGAGAGCGUGAGUGAGGAUGAGGGGGUUGAGGUUGAGGAGAGCGAGUAUAGGAACGGGGAUGAGAGGACUAAGCAGCGACUGAAUAGGAUGAUGAAUGGGAAAAGACCUGACCUACGAUGCUGGAUGAGGAUCUUGAGGUCUGCCUGCCACGACCUCGUUUACGCCUGCCUUACGGUCGAAACCGACCUGUCUAAAACUACCACAGGCAAUAUCUAUGCCUAUUAUAAGCUUCUUCUAGAGCACCUUAAGCACUGGAUUGGCUUCUCUGAUGAG